AUGCGUGAGGUGCAACUAGAGGACGACUAGUUAUAUUGGCUCCACAGCUCUACAUCUUGCUGGAAGUCCAGAAGAAAAGGAGGAAGGAGAUUCAGGCCGUCGAAUUUAACAUCGUGGUUAUUUGACAAUUUAGUAAAUAUUAAAUUAACAAUCAUGAACUUACUGUGGGCUGUCAGUGCCCUGCUGUUGAGCUGUUGGCGAGCCAAUGCGUCCACAGCGCCAAACAUCAUUACUGAACCUUCUGAGGUCAGCAACCAGACCUCUGCAGUCCUCAGCUGCAACUUGACAGAGUCCAGCCUUCCCAUCAAGGGCUCCCACUGGAUCCACAAUGGCAAGGUCAUUGAAAAAUCCAAGUCCGGUGAUACCACUCCAUACACAAUCCUCCGUUUGGACAAGAUCACCCACAAUUCUGGUGGAAAGUAUGAGUGUGUGUUCCUGACUGAUCCAGAAGUGAAGCAGACAAUUGAAGUCAAAACUCUUCCCCAUGUCGCUGCCUACAAGCACUCUGAGCACGGCAAUGAGAAGGACAUCGGGGCGAUGGUCUGUGUGAGCCAUGGCUAUCCACUGCCCACCGACUGGACCUGGUUCAAAGAGGAAGACGGCGCCCAAACACCUAUCAUCAACGGCACUACAGACAAAUAUGAGAUCAAGAGCACCCCUAACAAGACCACUCUGACCAUUAAUGACCUGAGCAUCGAAAACGACAUUGGAGACUACAUCUGCUCUGGAACCAAUGAACUCGGCACAACCAGCGACAAGAUCCACCUGCGUGUCCGCAGUCGCUUGGCUGCUCUCUGGCCCUUCCUCGGCAUUGUGGCCGAGGUCAUCAUCCUGGUGACUAUCAUCUUCAUCUAUGAGAAGAGGAGAAAGCCUGAUGAGAUCACCGACGAUGAUGACUCAGGAUCUGCUCCUCUGAAGAGCAAUUCUACUGAAAAUAACAAAGACAAGAAUGUGAGACAAAGGAAUUCUAAUUAGAAGCUGAAAGAGAUGGACAUCCAGAUGGCAGACCAGGAUUGAGCUGUUGUGGCACAUUAUACUGUGCACCCUGCAAUUUUAAGUACCUUUUUUUUGUGCUUGGGUGUUAAUGUUUUUACAAAACUGACUGAUUUCCUUUUUAGUUUUCUUCUAUAUUCUUCUCCACAUUGUGCAGCCACAGAAAGUAGUGUGAAGUAAUUUCAGCUUGAGACCACUGGGCAAAUAUUGCAUGAGUUUAAAUGCCAUUAUAGCAAAGUGUGUGUUCGUUGUAAAAUCAUUAGACGGUUCAUGUGAAGAAGGCCUCUUUGUGGUGAUUUUCUAGAUGAUGCUGAUGCGUCCUUCACUGACCUCACAGUUGUCGGUCUCUGCUUUUAUAUUCUCCAAUCUGGAAUUGUUCCUUUUUUAAAGGAUUUAAAGGAUCAAACAUGUUUCAGAGGAUCUGAAACCUGUUUGAUCCUGAUGUAUCACUGCCAUUCUUACAGCGCACUAUAACUGGAGUGCGCUUUGAAUUCACAUGUUUGACUUGUCUACACCACCGCAAACCUCCCUUAGCUGAGUUUUACACUUUUGCCCUAACAAACACCAUUUCUCUUUUGUGUGCAAAUGUGACGCUUCAAAUGAAAAUCGGACAUUAUUCAUAUUUAAAUCGACAUUUUAUUUCCUUUUUCCUGUUAACCUAUUUUUAAAUCGAAGUUUUUGAGUCACAAAUGUUUUUUUGUUUUUUUGCUGAUGUCGCAUCCUGAGUAAAAAUAUAUUGUUAAGGACCAAGUGCAGGAGAUGUAACACUUGUUGCUUCUGUUGUGUGCAACUUGAACACAAAUGUUUCAAUUGAGUACAGGAGAUACAUGUGUAAUAAGAUGUUUUUCUCUCACAGAUGAGACAUUGGUGUGCGAUUGUUGGACCGUCGUCUCUGUUACCUUCACUGUGUAGAUGAUUCAGAAGCCAUAUGUUUCAUUUAACCUGAUUAGUGUUGUGAUUGGAUGUUACCUUUUCAGAGUUACAGAUUAAAAAAAAAAAAAGACCUAGCCAGAAUUGUGUAAAUUGUUGUACCAUCCAUGUACAUGGAACACCAUCUGUUGUACAACUCGCACAAACUGAAUAAAGGCAUUCGAUUUUA